UUAAGUUUAAAUUAAAUCUUAUUUAGCAAAUCGAUUUGCAGGUUUGUGUAUCCUUGUGUCUGGUAGGUUUGUGCAAAUCGAAUUGAAUCAUAUUUAGCAAGUCUAUAUAGCAUUAUAGACUUAAGUUUUGACACUUGAAAGUUGAAACACAUGUAGGUAUUCGCCCAUGAUGUCUGGUAGGUGGCUUUUCUUAGAUGCAAAAUUAUGCAAAAUACAGAGUUAGAGGAUCACAGUGAUGUUGAUGUUGGGAAUGAUCGGUGAUGAGUUUUCCUCUUAACUAAUAUAUAUCCGUUCUGUUACCUGCAUGGAAUAGGAAACACUGAGCCAGAUUUUUCAUUUUGUAAAAAUCGAUUUAAUUAGGAAAAUUUGUGUUAGAUAAUAGUUAGUGGGUUGGAAGUGAAGAAUAUUAGACUAUCAGUAGCUGAUGAGAUAGUUAUCAUUAUAUUUUCAAAUCUCAUGAGGAGAUUCGUUGAGUUUAAUGAAAGUUAGGGUGGUCCAGAGAACUAUGUUAGAACUACUUAAUCAGGUGGAUGGUUUCAGCAGUGAUGAGCGAAUUAAGGUGAUAACAACAACAAAUCGUGCUGAUAAUUUAGACCCUGCCCUCAUGCGUUCUGGACAGUUGGAUCGUAGGAUUGAGUUUCCUCAUCGUACUGAAGAAGCCAGGGCCCCGAUCAUGCAGGUAAGAGCAAUAUGGAUCUUCAGACGAUGAAAAUGAUGGUAGUUUGCCGUCAGAUUUUGAUAUGAAUGAAUCUGUUCAUGAAGGUACCUCUUGAUUUUCCAAGUGAGAUUGAACUUGGUCAAACUGGGCACGAAUAGAUAUAUAUUCUUUCAUUUGUAGAAUCUU